AUGGAAACAGUGAUAGUCAAGUUUGAAUGGUAUAGGGAAUUAUUGAAGAAACUAGAUGAUUUCUUCCCUGAUAGUCAAAAGUUAGAAUUUUUAGAGACUCACCAUGCGAUAGUGACGAAGAAUAAGGAACAAUUAAAAAAGAUGUUACAAACCCCGGGCGUUAUCAAUUGGAAAUCCUGCUGUAGAUUUGCAGCCAUCAAUAAAAGAUUGCAUGAUGUAAAGACAGAAGUAUCGGAGAAAAAUGGCGGAAAAUUAACCAUGUCAGAUGAUGUAAAUAUUUGGUCUGUGACUUCAGAGACGUUGAAAACGCUAUCGAUACCUGAAGGAUUUUCCCUGAAACCAUUGACCAAGGCUGACGUCGACAUGGUGGUGACAAAUUGGAAUUUUGCGGACGACGGAGUCUUGGAAUACAUAACAGCAUUAAUAGACAGCUUUUCAUCAGUUGCUUUGUAUAAUCAAGGGCAACAACUCGUGGGAUACAUGUUAGAAAGCAAUUACGGAACAAUUGGUUUUUUGCACGUAUUUGAAGAAUUCAGGGGUCAAGGUUACAGUAAGGUCAUAGUAUCAAGCCUUGCCAAGAAAUUACUAGAAAAUGGCCGCCAAGUUCACGUUUAUAUUUAUUCUAACAAUACAGUAUCUCGUAAUCUUCAUAAAGGUCUUGGAUUCCAAGAACAUCCAGGAAUUUAUUCUUGGUUGGUGCAUGAUCCAUUGUAG